AUGCCUCGUCAUCUAACUAGUGACGCGCAUGAAUGGAUUAACGAGAUUCCCACUGUCCCUAUCUACUAUCUAGCGAAACCACAGCCAAGGGAACGGGCUUGGCGAACACAGCGGGGAAAGAAGACCCUGUUGAGCUUGACUCUACCGCCGGUGAAAUACCACUACUUUCAUCGAUUCUUUACUUAUUCGGUAAGACGAGAAUUGAGCUGUAUUCAUCGGCUCUUAUUUCUUGCAUUCAAGUACUUAGACACUUGGUGUUGGUACGACUCGCGCCGAAGACAGUGUCAGGCGGGGAGUUUGACUGGGGCGGUACAUCUGUCAAAACGUAACGCAGGUGUCCUAAGGCUAGCUCAGAGAGGACGGAAACCUCUCGUAGAGUAA